CACGCCGAGCAGGCAGGAAUCAGAUGCUGAGAGAUCUGAGACAUAAAAAUCUCCGUAGCACUUGUACUUCUGUACGUGUAGUUAGACUUGGAAACUGGUCUUCGCGAUUAUAUUGUUCAGCACUCAGACGGAGCUAGUUUCUAAGGUGCAGAAAUGGGGACUACAGUCGACAACAUCAAGCUGGGCGAUCUGGUCAUCCUUGCGACACCGGAUGGUCGCCUGUAUCGCAUGCGUCCUGAGAAAGGCGGUCGCGAGUGGAACUUCGUCGCGGACGAUGCUCCAUUCGCCGAAAGCUCGUACCCGCCAGAAGCCAUCCUGGUCGUUCUUCAGUCUGAUUGCAAGCGGUACUUCGGCUUCCGCUCUGUUGCUGCGGAUGGCAAGAUCAUGCAGUCGGGUAAGGACCUCAAGAUGCGCGCGGGGAACUAUAACUUCAAGACGUGGGAGCACUGGCAGGUGGAGCGAUCGCAGGUGAACCGCAGCGUGCAGUCGUCUCCGGCGAAAGCACCGCCUGGAGGGGCGCCGGCAGAACCCCCUCCUCCUCUCUUUUCGCUCCAGAACCGCCAGUUCCCCUUGCUGCGCCUCAACAUGCGCAUAGAGCGCGCGUUCAUGCUCCCCGAGUCCAGCGCCAAGCGCGUUGCGCUCAUGGAGUUCGCGGGCGCCUCCCCCUUCGACGCGCACCCGGAGUCCCCCCGCACACCCAGCGGCGCGAGGAAGGGCGAGCAGGAGGAGGAGGUCAAGGGCGUGGUGGCGGCGGAGUCUGGUGAUGCUGUUGCGCGCGCAGCGUUGGCGGAAGACGACGCGGUGCGCGCAAAGGAGGAGCUCGCAGCGCUGCAGGAGGAGAACCGCCUGCUCAUGGCGCGGGCGGUGGAGGCGGAGAAAGCCGCGGAAUCCGCCAAGUUCAGCGCGGAGGUCGCCAUGAAGCUCGCGCAGGAGUUCGCGGAAGGCCGCGCGAGCGGGCUGGUUGGCGGAGAAGCAUCCGCCGCCGCGGGCGCGGGUACAGUCUCCGUGGAUGGCGCGAGCGAGAUGAUAAGCGCGUCCGCGGACUUGGCGGGGCUGGGCGGAAUCGGCGGGAAAUCCCAGGAGAGGAAGCUGGCGGGGAAGCUGCUACCCUCGUCAGUUGUGGCGGGCGUUGGGGAAAAUGAGGAGCCGAGCGGGCGGAUGGGGUCUGGCACCUGGGCGGACCUGGUGGAGACAGAAACGCGGCUUUCCGCGGAGGCGGAAGCCGCCGCGGAGAAGAUGGCGGAGGAGCAGUUGGCGGCGCUGCGCACGGAGCUUGAGGGGAAGAUAGACGCGCUGCAGCGGGAGUUGGAGGAGGAGAGGGCGCGGGCGGAUGCGCGGUUGGCGGCGGCGAUGGGGGGGGCAGCCGGGCCGGCGGGGAUGAAGCUUAGAAAGGCUGCUGCCGCUGGUGCAGCUAAUGGUGAGGGCGAGGGCACCUCCGCGCUGGUUUCCGCGAGCUCGUGGGGAGAAGGAGGGGGGGAGUGGGUGGGCGGGGAGAGUGCUGGUGCAGUGUCGGCUGUGGACGCGACUGUGGUGGUGACUGCUGCAGAGUCGCUGCAGGGAGGGAAGGAGCAGCAGGAGGAGGAGAAGAGGCGAGAGGAAGAGAGGAGGAAGGAGGAGGAGGCGAAGAGGGCGAGGAUCGUGGAGUUGGAGGAGGAGGUGGGGCGGCUGUCAGGUGAGACUGGCAUGCUGAGGGAGGAAGCGGAGAAAUUGAAAGGCGAAGAGAAGAGAUUGAAAGAGGAGGGCGAGAGACUGAGGGGUGAGGAGAAGAAACUGAGGGAGGAAGGGGAGAAGUUGAGGGGUGAACUGGCAGCGCUGGUGACUCGAGAGGAGGGGUGGAAGAAGGAGGCGGCCAAGUGGAAGGGAGUGGUGGAGGAGGAGAAGAAGAAGAGUAAGCAGCAGGCGUCAGCUCUGGAAGAGGAGCUUCGUCGCGUGAGGGCAGACUUGGAGGCGGCCAGGCGUGAGAAGGCCGCAGCAGAGAGCAAGUGGGCGGAGGAGGCAAGGGAGAAGGACAAGGCAGCAGGCAAAGACGCGGAGAGCAGCAGGAGGAGAAUCGGGGAGCUGGAGGAAGAAGUGGCGCGGCUGCAGGCAGAGGCAGAGGCGCUCAAGCGGCGGGCGGAGGAGAUGGAGGAGAGGGAGCUAAGGUGGCGGGAGGAGGAGCAGAAGCGGCUGCAUGAGGCGAAGAAGGGAUCGGAGACGGAGGAGAAGGUGAAGGAGCUCGAGUGCAGGCGGCAGGAGCUGGAGAGCCAGUGCGUGCGACGGGGGCAUGAGCUGGCGGAGCUGCAAGCCAGGGUGGGGCGCCUGACGGAAGCCCUGGAGCAGCAGCAGGUGCACGCGAUGGAGAGCGAGGCCAGGGCUGAAGCUGCUGCGCGGAAGGCGGAGGAGGCGGAGGGGAAGGUGGCGGUGGCGCAGCAGCAGGUUGAGGGGCUUAGCGCACAGGUGGCGGGGAGAGAGGAGGAGGUGGGGCGGCUGGAGGCAUGGUUAGGUGAGCUGAAGGGGCUGCUGGAGCAGCGGGAGAGGGAGAACGCGGUGCUGGUGGCGCAGGUGGAGGCGGGGGAUGCGGAGAAGGGGCAGCUGCGCGCGCAGGUGCAGGAGGAGCAGAUGGCUAGGCAGAUGCAGGCGCAGCUGCAGGCGCAGGUGGAGGGGCAGGUGCAGGAGAUGCAGACGCAGCACGUGGGGGAGGUGCAGCAGCUUCAGGCCCAGGUGCACAAUCUGAUGCAGGACAACUCACUGCUCGCUAACCAGCUCUCGGACCUGCAAGCAGCUAUGGCGAAGCAGCAGCAGCAGCUGCACGAGGAGCAGCAGAGGCAGAUGCAGGCAGCGGCCGCUGCAGCCCCUGCUGCUGCUGCUGCUGCAGCCGCGCCAACCGCAGCCAGCGUUGCUGCUGCAGCGGCAGCUGGAGAGGCCGCUGGAAAGGGCAAGUCGGCUAGGGAGGUGGCUCUGGAGGGGCAGCUAGCGGCUCUGAGGGCACGCGCGGAUGAGGGCAGGCGGCUGCGGGUGAAGCUCAAUGAGGCCGAGGCGAGGCUGCAGGACGCACAGAGCAAGCACAAGCAGCAGGUCUCUGCCAAAGAGCUGCUGCUGGCGUCGGCACAGAAGGAGCUCAGUGGAACCAAGGCGCAGCUAGCCACUGCUCAGCAGGAGACGGCUAAGCUCCAGUCUCUGGAGCUGGAGCUUGCGCGCAUCCGCACCCUCAACUCGUCCCUCCAGAAGGACCUGAAGCAGCUGCGUGCCUCUGCCGCAUCCAAGCCGACUCAGCCGGCAUCAGUAGCAGCAGGGGCAGCAGUUGCCAAGGCAGAUGGGGAGGACGGGAAGGGGGGAGAUGUGCCUGUGGCGAAUGGGGAGAUGGUCUCAGCUGGGGAGCCUGCUGGCGUGGCAGCAGGGGGAGAUUCAGGGGAGGAGCAGAAGCGGGCCAAGCCUGUGCGACGCAAGUCUGUCACCAAGGCCUCUCCAGCGCCCAGCGUCACAUCUGCUGUGGCUGCCGCUGCCACUGCUGCGGCCGUUGCAGCCACAGCAGCGGCAGAGGCAGCGGCAGCAGCAGCUGCAGGCACGUCCAGCAUCACAGGGACGGCUCUGCCAGACCGCUCUGCUGCUGCUGCUCCCCCUUCCAAGCCCGAGAUUACUGUACCCUCUGGCCAGAAGCAAGGGGUUGAAGAUGGGCCCCUGCCUUCACCUUCUCCUGCUGCAAUCACUACCCCAACUGCUUCAUCCACCACUCCCCGAAAUGGUCGGCUGACGAAGCGAGGGGCGGCACUGCGUCGCAGCUCCAGCGUGGAUGCAGGCAAGCAAGGGAAGAAGGGCCAGGGGGCAGGUUUGUCAGGGCGAAAGGGAGUUGCAGGCGCGGAUGCGGACGCCAUUGCUCAGAUUGAGGCAAUGAUUAUGGACGACUCGGUCACUGCCAAGGAAAUGGCGGGGCAGCUGCACUCGCAGAGGCUGUCCAACCUGUCCUCUGCCUUCCUCAAGGCCCUGCCACUGCCGGCGAACCUGAAACGUGAAGAGAGGACAGCCCAGCUUGUCAAGUGGAUUGCUCUCUUCCUCAUGCUGGUUCUCCUGGUGCUAGUGGCGCUAUGGGCUAUCAGAUUUGUGAUGGGCUGACUUACAGGUAGGAGGGGGCUAUUGGAGCUGAGUACUUCACACGUGGUACAAUUUUGUUUUAGCAGAACCUGAUUGCUAACUUAUUGGGAUUGGAUUUUUUUUUUCUUCAUUUUUGCCCCAGUCUUGACUUCAAUUAGUUU